AUUCGACCUUUAACUGUUUUCUUCUUCCUCGCUCCGCCGCGUUUACCUUCGCGUGUGGACGUGUCUUGAACGCAACCCCCGGGUGUGUUAGCGUGUUUAUUUAUUCACAACAGCGAUAUAAAGAGACGUGUUUAAAGAUGGAGUGAAGCUUAAAGACGAGCAGCUCCGGACAACAUGGCCUCACAGUGAGUCGUCCAGAUCAACAGAGAAAUGUCCCUGAGUAAGAUCACACGUUUCCCCUCAGCGAGGCUGCUGAGCUCCAUCCACCGCCAGCAGCUGCUUCUCCCCUCCGUCAGCCCGCUCACUGUGCCCUCAAGAGCCCUGAUCCAGGGGGAGUACAGACGACCCGGAAAGCCCAAAGAAAACAAGUUUCCAUGGCAGAACAUUAACUUUAACUUCACAAAAGGUUUGGAGGGAAUAAAGAAGCAUUUCAUGCUGCUGAAGACGGAGUUCUCUGAACGCUGGGUCGGUCCAGAGGGCAAACCGCUUCUUGAGCAUAUGCUAGAGCAGAACAGAGUGACGUGGGAGUUCAGAGGUCCAGAGAGCCUGGAGGAGUGGACCGUGUCCUCGGAUCAUGAGAUAGGAGGCCAGAGUGAAGUUUACCUGAAGCUUGGUAAAAACAACACCUGUUUUCUGUACGGGACCCUGAGCUCAACUCCUCCGAGGGAUGGAGAAACACGCUACAGUGGCUACUGCACCAUGCGUUCAAAACAACCACUGUCUUCAUUUGACAGGAAGAAGCACUACGAUUGGACCAGUUUCAACACCCUGCACCUGCGGGUACGUGGUGACGGUCGUCCGUGGAUGAUCAACAUCGCGACAGAAACCUACUUCUCUCACCAGAAAGACGACAUAUACAAUUACUUUCUGUACACCAGAGGAGGACCCUACUGGCAGGAAGUCAAGAUUCCUUUUUCCAAGUUCUUCCUGACACAUCGUGGAAGGAUACAAGAUGAUCAGCACCCUCUCUGGCUGGACAAGGUUAACAGUGUUGGAUUUACUUUGGGAGAUAAAGCAGACGGUCCGUUCCAGCUGGAGAUUGACUUCAUUGGUGUCUGCAAAGAUUACGCACACACCGAGGAGUUUGCCUAUGAGGUGUACAAGAGGAAUCCUGAAGUUUGACUGAAACUAUAACAACACUGGAGAUGAACUCUCAUUGGAUCAGAGCAGAACUCUUCUAUCAACAAAUAAAUGUACCAACUUCUUAUGUUGGACAACUGA